UCUUCCCACAAACUGAGCUCAAGUACCAUGAGAGACCCAAGUAGGGGCCCUACUGUACAUGCUCUGACACUAAGUGUAGCCAAGAGACAAAGUAAAAUAACAAGAAGAAAAAACUAUGCAGUAAAACAAAAUAUAUUUUAGUAACUUUCAUAUAUAAAGUAUGCAACACAAAAUAAAACGUCAUAAAGAUGUCUUAAUUAAGAGAAAGAGACAAAAAGUAAUGGCAUUAUACAGCUAUAUAGUGAACAUGUACAAGUAUAUGACUGUACCGCCCAAAACUUUCCUUUAAAUUCUCUUCUCUACUCUCUCUUUUUUUCUUGAGAGUUCUCUAAACCUCAAGUUUACCUCUACUCCUCCAUAUCAUCCUCCCUAUCAGUCUUUUCAGUUAUUCUCAAUAAAUUAAAAAUGGGAUUGACCUCAUCCUUAAGAAGAAAUAACAAGAGUUUCCUCAGAAUCUUCAUGAUCUUGGUUCUAAGCUGUAUACCAGGUAGAACCAAUCUUUGUUCCAAUCAUUCUGUUACCACCCCAAUAGAUUUACCUCCAGAUAUUCGUUCCUCAUUAGACUCACUAGAUUUGGAGGGCUACAUAAGCUUCAAUGAUGUCCACAACGCGUCCAAGGACUUUGGCAACAGAUACCAGUUACCACCUCUGGCAAUUCUCCAUCCAAGGUCAGUUUCUGAUAUCUCAACAAUGGUGAGGCAUAUUGUACAUCUUGGCUCGACCUCAAAUCUUACAGUAGCAGCCAGAGGCCAUGGUCACUCGCUUCAAGGACAAUCUUUAGCUCAUCAAGGUGUUGUCAUCAACAUGGAGUCACUUAGAAGUCCUGAUAUCAAGAUUCACAAGGGGAAACAGCCGUAUGCUGAUGUCUCAGGUGGUGAAUCAUGGAUCAAUAUUCUAAGGGAGACACUAAAAUACGGUCUUUCACCAAAGUCAUGGACUGACUACCUUCAUCUCACUGUUGGAGGUACUCUAUCUAACGCUGGAAUCAGUGGUCAAGCCUUCAAGUAUGGACCCCAAAUCAACAACGUUUACCAGCUAGAAAUCAUCACAGGGAAAGGAGAAGUCAUGACAUGUUCUGAGAAGCAAAACUCUGAACUUUUCUACAGUGUUCUUGGAGGGCUUGGACAGUUUGGCAUAAUCACCAGGGCAAGGAUAGCUCUUGGACCAGCACCACAUAUGGUAAAAUGGAUCAGGGUACUCUAUUCAGACUUCUCUGCCUUUUCAAGAGACCAAGAACAUUUGAUUACCAAGAAGAAUGGUUUCGACUAUGUUGAAGGGUUUGUGACAGUAAAUCGAACUGACCUCCUCGAUAACUGGAGGUCAUCAUUUAGUCCCAAUGAUUCCAUAGGAGCAAGCCAGUUCAAGUCAGAAGGGAAAACUCUGUACUGUCUAGAAGUUGUGAAAUAUUUCAUCUUAGAAGAAGCUAACUCUACUAAUCUGGAAGUGGAGAAGUUACUUUCAGAGUUGAGUUAUAUUCCAUCUACUUUGUUCUCAUCUGAAGUGCCAUACAUUGAGUUUCUGGACCGUGUGCAUAUAGCUGAGAUAAAACUGAGAGCAAAGGGGUUAUGGGAGGUUCCACAUCCCUGGCUGAAUCUCCUGAUUCCCAAGAGCAGCAUUUUUGAAUUUGCCACAGAAGUUUUCAACAACAUUCUCACAAGCAACAACAACGGUCCUAUCCUUAUCUAUCCAGUCAAUCAAUCUAAAUGGAAUAAGCAUACAUCUUUGAUCACUCCAGCUGAAGAUAUCUUCUACCUCGUGGCCUUUCUACCCUCUGCAGUGCCAAAUCCUAACUCAAGGACAAGUAACUUAGAGUACCUUUUGAGACAAAACCAAAGAGUGCUUAACUUCUGCUCAGCAGCAAACAUCAACGUGAAGCAGUACUUGCCCCAUUACGAGACUCAAAGAGAGUGGAGAUCACACUUUGGAAACAGAUGGGAAACGUUUGCAAAGAGGAAACAUACGUAUGACCCUCUGGCAAUUCUAGCACCUGGUCACAGAAUUUUCCAAAAGGCAACACAGUUAUCUCCCAUCCAACUUCUCUAAGCCAAAAAAGGCAACGUGAUAUAUACAGUCCUCAAAGGCACCACUAGAGCUAUCAUGCAGCCGCCACCAACCUGUAAAUCACAAACGUAAAAGUUCCCAGUGUUCAUUCUAAACGGCUCAGCUAGACAGCAAGAGAGUGGUAAAUUCUUAUUUUUUGUUUCUUUCUUUUGUAAAGCAAUCAGCUAGGUAUGAUGCUCUAGUAACUAAGUAGGGUUAUACAUAUCUAUCUCUGUUUUGUGCCAUUUUAAAUGAGGAAGGCUAUGUAUGAUGUUCGACUCUUAUAAUAGUCCAAUAUCAUGGAACUGAAGAUCUUUUAUUAUAGAAGACAAACACACCUCAAAAAACAGUUAUUGAACACAAAACAUAACAAGUCCACUUCCUUUUAUUGAUAUUAAUAUGUGGACAAAGCCAAUGCUGGAUGAUGAUAUCGAGCAACUGGAGUGAGCUACAGCUUAAGAGCUUGAGAAUGGUGAGUGAUGUGGUCUUCGAU